ACAACACCUAAAGGGGGCUAUUCAGUCGUACCCACGUGUCACCCUUCUUCCUUUCCAAUUUCAGCCACUUGUCCUUUGCAAACUACUUUCUUUGUCCCCCUUCCUAUCCCGCACACGAAUUCCAUGCCCCAUUUUCCUUCCUUUCUUUCAUUCAUUUUCCAUUUUGCUGUUAACUAUUCUUCUUGUUUUCUUCAUUUUUACAGCCACCCUUCUUGAUUGUUUUUUGCUUCUACCAUCCAUUUGUAUGACAUGUUUAAUUGAUUUUUAUGUUUAUUUUGCAAUUUUUUCUGACAUUCUUGGUGUAAAAACUCAAUCUUGGAGCAAAAAUGCAGUUAAAGAUAACAUAUUUUCAUCAGGGCGUUUUUAAACUGGAUAUAAUUGCAGAAACAUGUGAAAACAGUUACGUUUGAUUUUAUUUUAUUUGUUUCUUUGGUGUAUGGUUCUACCAUGGGUGAUGCAGAUGAUCAGAGGAGGAGAAGUAGAGUGGAGAUGGAGAAUCUUUCAUUGGAUACAAGCAGAUUUCCAAGGGAUUUAUUGCAAAGGUUUAUGGGCACUUCAGAAAAAUCUGAAGCUGAGGAAGCAAGAAAGGAUAUAAAUGAAGAUGAGUUGAAUCUUGGAUUGUCACUAGGAGGAAGAUUUGGUGCGGACAAAAGCUCAUUGGUGAGGUCAUCUUCUAUAGCUGCUUGUUUGCCAACAAUUAGAGAUGAUGAUGUAGUGGCAUCAUCAUCACCAGCAGUGACUUAUAAUAUUCCUAGCAGCUUGAUGAGAACUUCUUCAUUGCCAGUGGAAACAGAGGCAGAAUGGAGGAAAAGGAAAGAAUUACUGAGUUUGAGAAGGAUGGAGGCUAAGAGGAGAAGAUCAGAGAAAGUACAGAGGAAUUUCUUAAGAGGUACUGAGAAAUGUAUGGAAGAUGAAAAGAGAGGGACUGAUCAUAUGAAUUUGAAAGGUAGUAAAUUAAUGGAGAAGGAACACUUCUUGGCUACUGCAAAAAAGUUUGGUUGUAAGUUGCCAACAUUGGCUGCCUUUGGGGCUGAUAUGGAAAUGCAAGAUAAAAGGAAUCAAGCAUCACAAGGGUUGAUCGAAUCCCAAGGUGGUUGUUCUUCAAGUAUAUCUGAAUUGGAAAGUAAACCUGCACUAGGAACGGCUGAAGCGAGCUCUCCCAGUAUCCAAUCAUUAAAGAGAGAUUUUGGAAGCAGAACACCAGGAGAGCGGAAAAUUAGUCCAUCUAACAUGGUCGAUAAAUCAAAAAGUCAAGUGCAGGAAAUUAGGACAAACGUGUUGGGGGAUAUGCCAUGUGUUUUCACAAAAGGAGAUGGUCCUAAUGGGAGGAGAAUAGACGGUAUAUUAUAUAAGUAUGGUAAGGGGGAAGAGAUUAGAAUUAUGUGCGUUUGUCAUGCAAAUUUUUUGUCACCUGCUGAGUUUGUGAACCAUGCUGGAGGCAGUGACGUUGCUCACCCUCUCAAGCAUAUAGUUACAAAACCCAAUUCUUCUCCCUUUCUAUGAGCGCAUGGUAAUAUAGCCUCUUUUGCGUAAUGUUGGAGGAGAGCAUCAUACAAUACACCAUGCAAAUGAGUAACUGAGACCUUUUUCCAAACUUCACAAUUACUAGGAGCACUAUGGACAUUGAUCAUGUAUUUGAUACCUGCAUCACGUGCGGUAAAAUGAAGAUAAGAGAUUUCACGUUCUAGGUGUAAAAUUAAGUUGCCUGAGGAGUUAUGUUGCUAGGACUCUUUCGAAAAUGUCACUAGAUUCAUGUAAGACUUUUGAAUGUUGCUGGAGGAUUUGAUGUGAGAGAUAAUAUUUUUGGAAAGCUGCAACAACACAGUGAUAACGCUCACUUAUAUCAUGUAAAGUGGUAGAGGAUGGUUGUUGUCAAUAUCCCAAUUUUCGUUGAAGUCGAAUCUACAAAGAGUGAAAUUAGAAUCCUAGUCUUAUGGGUCUUGACACUUACUAAUAAAA